AUGAGCUGGAACGUUAGAGGGUUGAAUAAGAGGAAUAAGCAAAUAGCUGUGGGUGAUAUUUGCAAGAUAAAUAAGAUUGGUAUUGGGGCUCUCUUGGAAACCAAAAUAAAAGGUGAUCGAGUAAAGGAGGUUAUGAACUCUAGAUUUAUGAGUUGGGAUUAUUACAGUAGUAAGGCUCUGGAAGGUAGGAUCCUUUUAAUCUGGAAGGGCAGCUGGGUCAGAGUUGAUGUUCUGGUUGAUCAUGCUCAAUUUAUCCAUUGUAAGGUUCUGAUCUGGGCUACAGGACAAUCUUUCUGUUUCACUGUGGUUUAUGGCUUGAAUCAGAUAGAAUUGAGGAAAAGUCUUUGGUCUGAGUUGGCUAUAAUCUCUCUUCCUGUCAAACCGUGGUUAGUUAUUGGCGACUUUAAUUCUGUAUUUGAUGUAGAAGAUCGUAUAGGGGAUGGAAAUAAUCGCAUUUUUUCCAAAUUAGACAGAGUGUUCAUAAAUGAGGAUUGGAUUGAUACGUUUCCUAAUGUCAAUGCAAUAGCAAGUUGGGAGGUUGUUUCGGAUCACUGUGCCAUCAUUUUGAAGCAUAUUUCUGUUCUAAAAAAUGGUUUGCGCCCUUUCCGAUUUUUCAACAUGUGGACUAGUCAUCCGCUCUUCAAGCCUACUGUAUUGGCUAGCUGGAAUAAAUCAUUAUCAUCAGAGGGAUGUGGUUUGCAACAGGUCUUGAGGAAAUUACAUCAUCUUCAGUUUGUUUUGAAGAGAUUUAAUUGGAGAGUUGUUGGUGAUAUUGUUAAGGAGUAUGAGGAAAGUAAGAGUAAGGUUGAUUGGCUGAGAUUAGGUGAUGAGAACUCAUCUCUGUUCUAUGCCAGUAUGAAGAAACGGAAAGCGCUCAAUAGGAUUGUGUCCUUUGUAGAUGAAAAUGGCAGUGUUGAAGGAUUAUCCAAAGGUUAUAAGUCAUUUUACUCAGCAUUUUCAAUCUUUUUUAGGAGGAGCAAGUGCAGCAACUGGGGAAAGAAGUGGCUACAACAGUUAAUUCCUAUCCUUCCCAAGUUGAUUAAUCAGAACCAAGGUGCUUUUGUUAAGAAUAGAAGUAUUGCUCACAAUAUUCUUAUUAUUCAAGACCUCCUUAAAGGUUAUAACAGGAAAAGAGUGUCACCUAGGUGCUUAAUGAAAAUCGAUCUUAGCAAAGCCUACGAUUCUAUUGAUUGGGAUUUCCUUGAAAAUCUGUUAAAUACUUAUAAGUUCCCUGGCAAGUUCAUUAAAUGGAUUAUGGUUUGCUUGAGAGGUUCUUCCUAUAGUAUACUUAUGAAUGGUCAGCUCUAUGGUGAUUUUAAGGGAGGUAAGGGGCUGCGACAAGGUGACCCUAUUUCCCCCCUUCUAUUUGUCCUAGUUAUGGGUUACCUCACUCGAGCUCUUCAUGGGGAUGCUAAAGAUAAGCAUUUCAGAUUUCAUCCGCUUUGUAAAUCUUUGAACAUAACUAACCUUUGUUUUGCGGAUGAUUUGUUGCUAGUUUGCAAAGCUCAUAUCAACUCUAUUCAGAUUAUGCAACAGGUUUUUAAGUCUUUUUCUUCAGCUUCAGGUCUGAGCAUAAAUCAAGCCAAGUCAUGCAUUUAUUUUGGAGGUAUUUCUUCAGUUGAGAAGGAGAAAAUUUUGUGUAUAUCUAAUAUGAGAGAAGGGCAGUUUCCCCUAAUGUAUCUAGGUGUACCUUUGCGGCCAACUAAGUGGAAAGCUAUGGAUUGUGAUCUAAUUAUUUCAAAAAUUAGACAAAGACUUCAUGGUUGGGCUAGUCGUAACUUGUCUUAUGCUGGGCAUGUGCAGCUAAUUCAGUCGGUAUUAUUGGGGAUUAGGAACUUUUGGAUGAGCAUAUUUCUCCUUCCUCAGAAAGUUAUCAAAGAAAUAGACUGUUUAUGCAGAAUUUUCUUAUGGGGUGGCAAUGGUUUUCGAAGUAAAUUUCAUCUAGCAUCUUGGGAUCAUGUUUGCAGGCCAAAAUCUUAUGGUGGUUUAGGAUUUAAAGAGGGUGUUCUUUGGAAUAAGAUUAAUCUUGCUAGAUAUGUUUGGGCGAUCUCUUCUAAACAGGAUAGCUUGUGGGUCAAAUGGGUUAAUUGCAUCUAG